GUGGCUUGCUUGCUCCGCCUCGUCGCUGCACGUGGGGCCGCGACCGCCACAACGUGUGUGUGUGUGUGUGUGUGUCGUGUAGUCUGAUGUCUUCAAAAUCUAUCCUGCUCGUCCUCUUUGAUUCUCCCUCCUCCUUCCUUCUCCCUCUCCGUCCUCCGACCUCCGGUUCCGGCAAACUGGUCGUGGACGAGGCCGGACUGCUGGGGGCACGCGCACCCCAUCUGCGGUGGCCUGCGCCAGAGCCCGAUGCACAUUGACACCAGGCUGCAGGCCGAGAUGUGCCAGCCGAAGGGCAGUCCCGGGGAGAGCUCUGACGGCGAGCUCAACAAGAGCGUGGCGUACCACAAAAUGAAGAAUCCAACGACGAAAGAACCGGCCGUCCUAGUUGAAAUCAGCGCGUACUGGGGCACCGCGGGGGUAUCCGGCUACUUUGGAGACCUGACGGCCUUGAACGGCGACCGGUGGCAGGCAGUGCAAGUGCAAGUCACGGUGCCAGGGGUCCACAGGAUCGACGGCGCGGACUACGCUGGGGAGCUGUGGAUUCGCCACCGCAAAGCCGGCUCGCCCACGGAGGACACCGUGGUCGUCGCUAUCCCGAUCACGGUCAGCGAUUCGGUCGAGAGCCAGGUGCUUGCGGGCAUGGGUUUCACCAACGAGGAGCUUCCUCUUGGCAUCGAUGCCGUGUCCUCUUGGACAAGAGAUGCGCAGACGAUCGACCUUGAAGGCGACAUCUCGGCUUCUCUCUCGACGGGACGUUCGUACCUCUACCAAGGCAGCAUGCCUGUCCCGCCCUGCUGGGAGACUGUCACGUGGAUCGUGAUGGCUACCCCGAUGAAGGCCACGAGCAAGCAGCUCAGCAAUUUGCAUGUCGUGCUGCAGCGUCACACGCGGCAACCCAACUCGCCGCUCGGCGGCGUCGGCCUGCGCGCCGAGACGCCCUUCGAACGUGAGCAGGAGGCAGCAGGCGGCGGCCAGGAGUGCCGGGAGAUCUGGGUCAACAGUAUCGAGCCGCUUGCCGUGGGCCACGAGCUGCCCACGUGCGAGCAGUUGAAGAACGACGGUACCUGGCAAAGGAGCGCGCGGUGCUGGGACUUCGUGGACCCCUGCUGGGGCAAGUAUUGGUCGGCGGUUGACGUCGACACGGAUCUCGCGGUGGGCCCCACUGCAGACUCCCCACAGGUCAAGACUUCGGACAUCUUGCAUUGGGAAAGCGCGAGCGGGGUCAAUGUCCGGCGUUCAACGUAUUCUUUCGACAUCGACAUGCCUCUGACCUCUGCUGGCACCCCAGGGCACUUCGGAAGCAUAUCCCUUAACGGCCACAUCUAUUUUGCAGAGAGGGUUUCUGUCAAGGCGGUUUCUCAGCAUACAGUCAACGGAGAGCGGUAUGCCGGUGAGCUAACGAUCCAACACCUCAUGUACGGGGAUGAUUUCGGCGUGAACCUCCCUGGGUUCACCGACAAUUAUCACAUGGUGGCUGUGAGCAUACCAUUGCAGCUCGGACGGCAGAAGAGCGCCUUCAUCGACAGCCUGUCGCUCAGUACGCUCCCAGACCUGAGCGACGGGGAACAGCACUACGUGGAGAGGACCCUAGACCUUGCGCGCGAUUUGAAACCCAGCAUCGACGGCCCUUGGUACUGGUACAGCAGCGCCUCCACGCACCCCAACUUGACGGAGUGUGAGCAGCACAAUUCCAAGAACACGUAUCCUGUGCGCUGGAUGGUCUUCACAACUCCACUUCCAGUGGACAUCGAGCAGCUGAAUCAAAUCACCCAAGCGCCGGAGGUGUCGGGAAUCGACUCCUCCCAAGAUGUGCGGCCGAUUCCCGAAGGCAAGCUGUGGAGGCAGAAUCUGCCUGCCUACGCCGUGGAGACCGACGAAACAGAUUGCCGGAACACUGAAAUGGGUUCGUGGAAAUACGGGGACCAGUUUGACACCCAAGCACCUCCUUGGGGGUACGGCAACGUUCGCUGCUGGAAGUUGGCGUUCGAUAUCUGCGAGGCGGGGACAAGGCAGUCUCCAAUCAACAUCCCGAUUGACAACGUUACCGACCAUGCGGACAAGGAUGUGUUCCUCAACAGAGUCAGCUAUCAUCCCGUCAGUGGUCUGCGGGUCGCGAACACGGGGCACAAUUUGCAGGUUUCUGACCAGAAACUAGGCUACGUUAAGCUUAUGGGUGACAAUGGUUUCCCGCAGUUUUACGAAGUCGCUCAGUUCCAUGUUCACAUGCCGGCUGAGCAUCUGAUCGGAGGAAAGCAGUACGCGUGCGAGAUCCACGUGGUGCACUUCAGACAGCUCGCUUUGCGAAACCUGGACAAGAACGACCUUUUGGUGACUGCCUUCUUCUUUGAUAAGGACUUGAAUGAGGAGAACCCUUUCUUGAAGCAGAUCUUCAUCCGCAACGCAACGGUCGACGAAGGCAGCAAUUUGGAUGCCGAGGGAGGCCACGUGACCAUCCACACUCCUGUCGACCUUAUGCAGGUAUUCGGGCCUGUCUUGGAAGGGAAUUUCUACAGGUACGACGGCAGCCUCACAACGCCUCCUUGCUCAGAGUCUGUGAAGUGGUUUGUCUUCGAGACCGCCCUACCAAUGAGCAUCCAGCAGUGGCUGGGAUUCAAGGAAUUCUACCCCAACCCAGGCAACAACAGGCCGUUCCAGGCCAUCAAUGGACGGGCAAUCCACAAGAACUCCUUCCAGGAGGGGACGUUGAAACACUUCGACUUCUACCUCAGCCGGGACGCUGGCCGGGAUCGCGACUACAAGAGCGAAGGCAUGAUAUUGUUGCCCGUUUUCGGCUCUGUCGUCUUGACCGUCUUCGUCAUGUGUUUUACCUUCAACCGCGACGUGCGCAGGGAGAAGCACACGAGCGCUGGCGGGCUCAUGCCAGCCGCGGAGCAGCAGAGCGACGCGGGCGUGAGCACGUUUGGCAAGGCCGAGUGAUCUCAGGGUCCGAGCGCGACGCGCUGAUCUAGGGUCGGGUCCGACCGCGACGCCCGAACUUAUGUCUGACCGCGAGGGCACGCUUGGCAAGUCUGACCGCGACGCGAUGAUCAAGGGUGGGGUUCGACCGCGACGCGCGAAUCUACAGGUCUGCCCGCGAGGGAGGGGAUCGAUUGGGAGAGGGGGUGGGCUGCGGCAUCCGCCGCAGGCAGCCGGUUUUUGUGACUCCGCCGCCGGGCGCCUUCCCCGCAUGCACUCGUGCCCGCCUCCGGGCACUGGGAGUUCCCUUUUUCCGUCCUCGCACAACGGCGAGCGGUCGCAGGCUCUCUCGGCCUGGCCCAUGCGGGGUCGUGGCGCGGCUGGAGGCCCGUCGGACAGCCCAAGACAGCCCGCGAGGACCCAGGAGGCCGCCCCGGGCCCUGCAAGGCCCUGCUGCUGGUAUCGUUCCAGAGGCCUCACCAGGCUGGACGAUGCCUGCGAGAACGAGUGGAACAAGCCCCUAAGAACGUACGAACCCUCUGCCUUUCAGGGUUGUAGGUGCCUUGGGGCACUCCACUCCGUGCUGAGAGCACGAUGGGCCUCCCCUCUUUCAUCCUGUCUUCUAUUUUCAAUAGAUGAGCGGUUGACAUUUUGUGCUGAUUCCGUUCACAUUUGCGUACACACUUUGGGUGACCCACCGCCAGACAAGUGUGCGCCACGCGGAUGCGUAUCUUUCCGAAAACAAUCACUAUCAGCUCGUGCUGCCCAUUCUCCUCUCUGCAAGGGUGACGAUAUGUUUCGCUCGUCCUUGCGCGCGCACGCCCUUGAGUGUCCGACCGUUG